AUGGUGACCAACGAUGGCGGUGAGCUAUUUCGGCGAAAACAUCGAAGAUUAAUAAUUGCUGGCCAAAUUGGAAACUUCUUUCUGAUUGUCGCCCUUUACACCCACUCCACAAUCAGAUUGAAUAGUCUGAAAUGUGAUAAGGAGGAAAUUUCGCGCGUGAAACGAGAAGUCCCACUAAAGCCAAUCGAUCUGGAAGAUUAUACUAUAAUUAUUGGACAAAAUACGAUUAUUCCGCGUAAUGUUCUCGACCGCUCUUGUUCACAAGUUCAUCAGCAUUGUGCCGAACGACAUAUGAAAUUAAUUGGAUAUCCUGGAGUACCUGGAGAACCUGGAGCUACUGGACCAGUAGGACCACCUGGGAGACGAGGGCCAAUGGGAAUAGUCGGACCAACAGGCCUUGUCGGGGAGCAUGGAGAAGUCGGAGAGCCUGGAAGAGAUGGUAAAUGCAAUUGUCCACUUCCAGAUAUGUAUGUGAAGAAUGUUCAUGUUCCUGGACCUCCUGUCAUUAAAAUUGAAGAAAAAAUGGUUCCAGUGCCUGUCGUUGUUGUAAAAGAAGUUGAAGUCACAAAAUUAGUUCCAUUCGAGCCAACGCCUCCUGGAUUCGGUCCUCCGCCGGGCUGGGCACCCGGAAUGCCAAGGCCGGGAAAAACGCGAAAAUUGCCAAGAUAUUCCACUGUUCGACCGCCACCGACUCGUCCGCGAUCAACCAAACCUCCAAUUCAUGUGAUACCGACCGAACCCUCAAAUCUAACGCUAUUCACCAAUUGGACAAUGGAGCUGAAUGUGAGCACACCAGAACCAUACUUGGGACCACCAACGUUAGGUUACAACAGGAGAGAAUGUAUACUAGCCGCUGUUGGUAUUCCCGUUCUACACGCCGAAUCGCAAUAUGGACGAGUAGGAUCUUGGAUGCGCGAUGCUCUCCCGGCUACCACAAAAGCGGCAAAGCGUCGAUGGGUUACCGAUGGAUUCGCUUCACCAGUUCUUUAUGAAUAUGAAGACGAGAGGCAAUUGUCCGACAAAGUCCAGAAGAUCAAGUACUACGUCGAUUAUCUUGCUUCAGGAACUGGAAAUGUGGUCUAUAAUGGCUCGUAUUACUAUCAUAAACAUGGAACAACGAAUCUUGUGAAGUAUGAGCUCGAGUCGAGUAUUCAAUCGGAAGUUGAGCUGGAUCCAAGAAUGGCUCACAUUGAUUGUGGAAGGCUUCCUGAUCACACGUUUGAGGAGUGCAAUUCGACUGAUCGUCAUGGUUGGCUGUACAAUCGCCCUCACAAUUACGUUGAUUUUGCGGUUGACGAGAACGGAUUAUGGGUAAUAUACGCGGAUGCCGAAUUUGAGACGAUUAAAGUUGCUAAGAUUGAACCAAAUUUGUACAUCGUUAGCCGGUGGGAUGUCGAUGUGAAUGCCACCGAUAUCGCCGACGCGUUCGUGAUGUGCGGUGUGAUGUACGGUCUGAAAAGCGGCGAAGAAUUGCAAACAACGAUCACCCACGCGUUCGACCUAUACAGGUUCCUCCUCGACUUAAACGACAGCAUUCCCGGACAAGUCGAAUGGUACAAUCCGUAUCAAGGUCUCACGAUGCUCCAUUACAAUCCGCUCGACGCUCGCUUAUACUUUUUCGAUAAUAGUAGCCUAUUGGUCCAGUUGUGUUUGAACAGGCCACCGCCUCAACAAAUGUUUGAUAAGGUUGAACGCAUUGUGUGUGUCGGUGCCGGCUACGUCGGUGGUCCGACGUGCGCGAUGAUCGCCCAUAAAUGUCCGCACAUCACCGUGACCGUCGUCGACAUGAAUCUGGCGAAAAUUGAUGAAUGGAAUUCGGACAAAUUGCCGAUCUACGAGCCGGGUCUUGAGGAGAUUGUGAUGGCUGCUCGCGGCAAAAAUCUGUUCUUCUCCACCGAUAUCGCAAAAGCGAUUCGCGAGGCGGACCUCAUCUUCAUCUCUGUGAACACGCCGACGAAAAUGUACGGACGUGGAAAGGGAAUGGCACCGGAUUUGAAAUAUGUGGAAUCGGUUUCGAGAACGAUCGCCGAGCAUGCCGGUGGACCAAAGAUUGUCGUUGAGAAGAGUACAGUUCCUGUGAGAGCUGCGGAAAGCAUCUCAGCGAUUCUUCGAGAAGCGCAGAAGCUCAACUCGAACCUCAAGUUUCAAGUUCUUUCGAAUCCGGAGUUCCUUGCUGAAGGCACUGCGAUGAAGGAUCUUGCGAAUCCCGACAGAGUUCUUAUUGGAGGAGAGUCUAGCACAGAAGGACUCGAAGCCGUUGCUCAACUCGUCGGAAUCUAUGAGAAUUGGGUUCCAAGAGAUCGCAUCAUCACGACGAACACGUGGAGCAGCGAAUUGUCGAAAUUGGUCGCGAAUGCGUUCCUCGCUCAGCGCAUUUCCUCGAUCAACGCGAUUUCGGCGGUCUGCGAAGCCACCGGCGCUGACGUCAGCGAAGUGGCGCAUGCCGUCGGAUGCGAUUCGAGAAUCGGCAACCGAUUCCUUCAGGCUUCAGUUGGAUUCGGUGGAAGCUGCUUCCAAAAGGAUGUUCUCUCGCUCGUCUACCUAUGCGAAUCGCUGAAUCUUCGCGAAGUCGCUGACUAUUGGAACGGCGUCAUCGAGAUCAAUGAUUGGCAGCGGCGAAGAUUCGCGAACAAGAUCAUCGGCGAGCUGUUCAACACAGUCACCGACAAGAAGAUCGCCUUAUUUGGAUUCGCGUUCAAGAAAAAUACCGGAGAUACGAGAGAAUCUUCAGCUAUCCAUGUUGCCAAACAUUUGAUGGAGGAGAACGCGAAGCUCUCGAUCUACGAUCCAAAGGUCUCGAAGCAACAAAUACUGAAUGACUUGACAAAUGUCACUAGCAAUUAUGAUGUUGAAAAACUAGUCACGGUUGAGUCGAAUCCAUUCGAGGCUGCUAAAGAUGCUCACGCGAUUGUCAUUCUCACCGAAUGGGAUGAAUUUGUGACAUUGGAUUACAAGAGCAUCUAUUAUAACAUGAAGCAUCCUGCCGCUAUCUUCGAUGGUCGCCUCAUAUUGGACCAAAAAGCUCUUCGCGAGAUUGGCUUCCGCACAUUUGCCAUUGGAACCGCACCUGAUCAAGCGUUGAACCUGUUCGGCACAUCUGGAUAUUAA